AUGAAUUUUAGUAGAAUUUUAAAUAAUGUAUCAAAUCAUUAUAAAGAAGGGAAGGCUUUAUUUCUGUUUAAAAAAAGUGGAUUUUGCUCCUUAGAAAAUAAGUUCGUUAUAAGGAAGGGUAAAAUUAUGAAGGAGGAGGAUGGUAUUAUUAAUAAUGCUGGCACAUAUAAAAGUUACAAAGGACACAAUUUAAAAAUAGUAUAUGAAAAUAAUUUUUUCCUAGUUUUAAAUAAACCAUAUGAUAUUAAAUUGGAAAAGGGGAAGUAUGAUAGCAUGUACCCAUCUGUAGAAACUUUACUUCGACAAAAAAGGAAAAAUUUGGGUGUUAUGAGAAUAUGUGGUCAGCUGGACUAUGCCACGAGCGGUCUUUUAAUUAUAGCGAAGGAUAGACUAAGUUCCAAUGUUUUAAAUUACAAUAUAGAAUGCAAGAAUAUAAGCAAAAUAUAUCUAGCUAUAUUGUAUGACCAUUUGCCGCUAGACGUUUUGCAUGUAAACACACCAAUAAGUAAAAUUAAAAAUGAGUUUAAAAUGAAGUUAUGUUAUAAUUAUAAUGAUUAUUAUGAUAAUGGAAAAUAUUGUUAUAGUCUAAUUUAUCCGUACAAACAUUGUUAUUUAAAUAAUGCGAAAGUUACUCUAUGUGAACUAAGAACAAUAACAGGUAGGAGGCAUCAACUCAGAUUACAUGCCUUAUGCCUAGGUAGUGGCAUUGUUGGGGAUGAAACUUAUUUUGAAGAUAUGAUAACUAAUAAAUAUAAAAUUAAUUAUAGUAAUUAUUCAACGUGUAGUAGUAAUGUGGAAAUAAACAAUAAUUAUGAGGAUUGUAAUAAAAAAUAUGAUAAUGAGGUUACUGAAAAAAGAGAUGUAAAAAAAAUUGAAAUUGAAAGGAUGAUGUUGCAUUGUUGGAUUAUACUAAAAAAUGAUAAUGAGAUUAAAAAAUUAGAAAAAAGUGAAAAUAUUAACAUUUUGGAAAAUAAAAUAUUUGAUAAGGAUUACAUAAUUUGUGAUGAUGAAUUAAGUAAAUUUGUUAAUGAAGAGAAAAGAACUUUUGAGCAAUGUGUUUUAAAAAACAACGAUUUAAUUAAUACUAAUUUUAUUAAUUACAAUGUCAAAAAUAUAAACAAAAACAUAAGAAAAAUAAAUAAAAAAUUAAACAAAAUAAAAUACGACAAAUUGUUACACAAUUCUUUAACAUUACAAAAUACUGAAGGAGCAAAAAAUGCAAAGUGUGUUAAACUGCAAAAUGUGAAUAAUAAUAUUGAGAAGAGACAAGUUCACGUAAAAAAUGAAAUUGAUGAUAUACCUAGAAAUAGCAUACAAAAUGAAACUGAGAGAAUGGAUAUAAAUAGUAUAGAUUUGAACUCGAAAAAAAUAGAAACUAUUAACGUAUCAGACCGCUUUAUAAACGAUCAUUUAAUAAAUAAAAAUUCAAUUUACUUGGUAAAAAAUGAGAAAUAUAAAGAUCCUAAUGAUUUAUUCGAUGAUAUUCAUGACAGUGUUAAUAAAUUUAAUUGGGGAUAA